AUGAAUUAUCUUUCUGAAAUGAGCUUAAUUAGUGGAUUUUCCGAGGUGUAUAAAUUGGCACAAUUAAUAUCUACUAUACCAACAACCACCGCUUCAGUGGAGAGAUCAUUUUCAUCUUUAAAAAGAAUCCACGCAUAUUGUCGUUCAACUCAAACUCAAGAAAGGAUGAACAACUUAAGCAUAAUAUCGAUAGAAAAAGAAUUGGUUUUCAAAUUAAGAGCAAAUAGAAGUAAAUUUUAUGAAGAUGUUAUAAACAAAUUUAUUGAGAAAGAGAGAAGAAUAGAAUUUGAAUUCAAAUAA